AUGACCAGCUCCGCGUAUUUCGCCAACAGCGAGGCGGACUACUGGCCUUAUCAGUCGUCCAUCGGUGACCGAUCCACCGGACAGGUUAUGUACCCCGAAACCGUGUAUCAGACCGUGCAUCAGCAGCUGCACUCGAGCUCGGAUUACAGCCAGAGGCCCGUCGAGGGCCUCUCGCCCCCCUCGAGUCUCCUGGAGACUCUUCUUCGUCACGGGAAGGACGCCAUAGGCGAGGAUUACGCGAAUCCCGCCGUAAAACCGGAUACGCCGUCGAUCGGACAGAAUAUCCCGCACGUCCCGUGUCAAACUCCGCCGUACACGCCGACGUCCUCGACGGACAGGACGUCGCCCGUCGCUGGAUUCCUGGCGGACCCACAGGAACGCGUCCAGCAAUCCGAGCCGCGGAACGGAUACAUGCAAAGCUAUCAGAGGUUCCCCGCGCAGCCGCGUUCCAACAGUUGCGUGACCCCCUCGAUGAUGACGCCGAGCUCGCCGCCUGAUUACGCGGUGCAACAAGGAUACGCCGGUUACGCGAACAACAAUAACAACGGGAAACAGGGCUCUAACGAGGCUAACGAGUACGUGGACGAUCAAGCGCAACGGCAGCUCGACUAUCCCUGGAUGAAGUCUUCUUUCUCUAACGGCGACUCGAACGGCACCGGGCACAAGCGAACGCGGCAGACGUACACCAGAUUCCAGACGCUGGAACUCGAGAAAGAGUUCCAUUUUAAUCGAUACCUCACCAGAAGACGGCGCGUCGAGAUAGCACAAGCUCUGUGCCUGACCGAACGUCAGAUCAAAAUCUGGUUCCAGAAUCGGCGCAUGAAGGCGAAGAAGGACGGCAGACUCGGCUACAGCGGUCAGGAGACGAGCGCCGAGGACGUCGUCUCGACGAGCCAGAGCGGAUCGCCGAUCGACGGCCUCCUCGCUACGACGACGACCGCCCCGACGACGACCCCGAUGCACACCGUGGCGGCCCCGACUCCUGUCCAACCGAUCUCUGACGUGCAAGAGUACCACCGUCUCCACGAGGCCUAUCUCCAUUAUCGUCAUCAGCAGGGCAUGUACGAUAGCCAUAAUUACUACCAGAAGCAGAGUUAUGGCGGCCAGAUGACGAAGCUCGAUCACCACGGCGAGUCGUGA